CACACAUCCCAUACUACAUGAGCCACCCACCAUAUAUGUCAAUUUGCCAGUCUGUCAAGCACAUUAGUUAGAAGUCGCAUCGUACUCGUGCAGCCAUGGGCUCAUCCAGAUCCAUCCAUCCAUGUGUUCCACUCGCCAGCGCCACCCCACCGACCCUCGCCGACAAAGAGCUUCACAAAAAGACACACGGUGGGCGACUGACACGACAGGCCAACUCAUCAGACCACACACGCACCCAACGACCACCAGGUCGGCCAGCCAGCCACAGACACACAGACGGACAUGAAGAUGCAAAUCCACCACCGGCUACGUUUGGUCAUUCGUCUCAUCUUGGCGCCUCGCUUCGUAUGACUGCAGCACCAGCAGCUGCAGCAGCUGCUUGUGAGGGGUGCUGUACACUUGGAGCCCCAUCCUCCCGCCCGUUGGAUGCACUGCUCCUCCGACGGCUACGUCGAAACGCGCGACCCAACGCCUACCGACACACAAUGCAAUGCACCCCAUCUAUCUCAUCGCAAUAAUUGUAGAGGCGCUCACUGCUGGUGCCCCUCCCUCCUGCCUCUGCUCACCCUGAAGAUUCUACCGAUGUGCCGCCGCUGGUGGGGACUGAACACACAGACCACAGCCACCAAUGGAACCCUUCCCUCCCUCCCUCCCCAUGCACAGACCACCAUCCCAUCUCUCGAGUGCCGUGCCGUGCUGGGUGCUGUCGGUCCCUCCCUACCCUUGUGCAUCUUUCGUCCUCCUCUCCGGUGCCGACUGGACGGAGAAGGCGUCCUGGCUGGCGGGGCUGUGGGUGCCUACAUCCUCACUGGCCGAGUGGGCGGGGGAGUGCAGCCCCACCGGCACCUGCAGCCGGUUGGGGUUGAGGCCACCCGGCACAGGAAUGGGAAGAGACGACGAGGGGGGAGGGGGCGGGGGGAGAAGGGGGGCCGCUGAUGCCGACUGGUGAUCGUCCUCUGGAGGCAUCGAUAUGGCGAUGGGCACUGGCACCGGUGGCUGUGGCUCCGCCACCUUGAGUGGUCCCGCGCUGGCUCGCGCGGCGUACGGGGCCGGGACGACGCUCUUGGUGGGCGGGGGUGGUGACUGUGCUUCGGAUGCGGAUGCCUGUGGUGUGGGCUGGGGGUGUUGGAGCAUCUCUGAGAAGGAGCCCGCCACGAGCCGUGCGAGGAUCUGGUAGAACUCCCAGUGGUCGCCCUUAGUGUGGUAGAAUUCCACCAGAUACGGCUGCUCGCGAUCGGGAUACUGCAGACAGACAGAGGGAGGCAACAGUGGCUGGCCGGAUAAGUGGGGUCAUGUGUGUGAUUCAUGUGUUGUUUGUGUGGUACCUACCUGGUAUAUUUCGAGUCUGAAUUCUGUGCGGAGCGGUCUGAUCCGCGAUGGGAUGGACACGUGCAGCUGAAAGGGGUUGGGGUCGCUCACACUCUAUGUGAAGCAAUACACCAUCAACACACACACGCACACACACACACACACACACGAGGCGUGACAUACCCGCUGGUGAUCUGAAUGUGCUUGUUUACCCACCCCCUUGAGCUCUCGCGUGAAGACCUCUCGCGCUUUCUGCAGACACAUACGACAGACAACGCCCAAGUACACAGACAGAAGACACGCACCCCACACCUGGGCAGGCAGGCAGGCCUAUCCUAUCUCUGCUGUCAGUCACAUCACAUACCUCCACAAUCUUCUGCGGCGACUCGCUCGUGGUGAAUUGGGCUGCAAAGCAACACGCACGCACAUCACACAUGAGUGUCGCCGCUGUCUUCAUCCCCUCAGUCAGCCCCACACUUAUUUGUAGCUCACUGUGUCUCCUGAAGUGUUCGGGGUGGUGCUUCUCGUGUGUGGGCGGUGCAGCGGUGGCCUGCGCCCCUUUGGGCGACACCCGUGGCUUCAGAGACCUGUCCCGCCCAGGGAUGCUGCCCCAUCUCGGCCGUUGAGCGCCCUUGGGCGCAUUCUUCGACGGAACGGGGUUCUGUGUGUCACAAUGACGGGAACCAACACAAACAUUGAGCAGAGUGUGCUGUGCUGUACUGCGCUGUGGUGUGGUGUGGUGUGGUGUGUUGUCUUGUCUUGUUGUUGGUAUGGCUUACGUCGAUGGCUCUCUGUAUGGCGCUGGAUGCGGCGCGGUUGAUGAGCUCAAAGGCGGAGACGAACUGCUGGUCCGCCUGAAGAGAUGGGGGCACCACACACAACGGACAAAGCGUCUCUGUCUGUGUGUUUCUGCGGACAUGUGUGCCCGCGCGUGCGCGGCUACCUCGGUUUGGCCGGUGGGCGACUCCUCAUAGUCCUCCCACACCUCAUCUGCAGCAUCACACACGCACACUCGGUGACACCAUCCAUCGGCUCCUGCCCCCUCCCUCCCUCUCUCCCUCCCUCCCUCCCUCCCUCCCCACAGACUUACGUUCUUCAUUGGCGACGCUCCAAAUGGAGACCUUCCUGCUGCUCAGUGCCCCCGUGGGCUGCCUCUCCGAGUGGAAGCUUCCACGGGGCUGGGGCUGCCUCUCCGCGUGGAAGACCAGUGGCUCCGUGCCGGCCAUCGACUGGCUGCUCGGCGUGAGGCCGCCGUGGUGGCCCACAGACACAAAGGGCUCCGACGCGCGGGAACGAUUGCCCGACCGCAGGACGGUGCUCUCGGCACGACUCUCGGCGAAGAGUCGGGCCAAACCUGAUAUAUUGGGUGGAUGGGAUGGGCGGCAUGGGAACGUAUGUCUGUGUGUCGUGUCGAUGAGUGAGUACCUUCCUUACCUUCGUGUGUGUCAGUGGGUAGGUCUUUGUUGAACCAUUCGUGUUGGCAAAUGGUCUCGAUGGUGCCCCUCUUGCGCGGGUCCUGCACGAAGAUCUGACCCAGCAAACUCUGAACCAAGCAAGGAAGGAAUGGACGAUGGACGAGCAAAACAGAGGGAGGGAGGCAUGGAAUGGCACACAAAAUAUAUCCUCUGCGUGUGUGUGUGUGUGUGUGUGUGCCCUGCCGACCCGCAGCUGAGAGCUGAAGUGAUCCGGGCACUUGUAGGACGCACUGCACCGACACCAAAGCGACCGAGAAGGAAGCAUUAGCAGCUCAGCUUCUUCUCCACCGCAUUGCAUUUAUUGUGUGUGCGUACGUGGAGAUGUUUCUGAAGAGGUCAGCGACGGUGUCGGCGUCGAAGGGGAAGUUGCCGGCGACCAGCGUGAAGAGGAUCACACCCGCCGCCCACACAUCUGCCGGCCGACCGUCCCACGGCUUGCCACCAGACAACACCUGCCAGCACAUACCAACCCAUUCCCCUUGUGUUGUGUGUGUGUAUAUGUGUGUGCGUGUGUGCUGGCAGAC